AAUACUGAGUUCUGCGCAGACUCUACAAUCUACAUAGGACCAUAAUCAUACCCUUCCAGUCAACUAAAACCGAGUCAGAAUCGAGUAUCCGUCGAAUGAAUAUGUUCUCAACACUUUGUCGCUCUAUCCGGUCCACAACCAGUAUCGAAUGUCGUUCUCUGACGAAGGCAGCUAUGCGCGUUCGAUGCAUGGCCGCUGCCGCUGGUACGCCCGAACAAUCAAUGGAGAGCAAGUUGAAAGAGGCCCUUGCACCAACCUCUGUGGACGUUGUCGAUGUUUCGGGGGGAUGCGGAUCGAGCUACGAAGUCCACAUAACAUCAGCGAAAUUCGAGGGACUUUCGAUGAUUAAGCAACACAGGAUGGUCAAUGAGAUACUGCGUGAAGAUGUGAAGAAUAUGCACGCAAUCCGGAUAGUCACGAAGAAGCCCUGAUAUGCUGUGAUUGGGAAAAACUUGAUACCCUAUCCCCUUUAGUGAUAGCCUAUAUAAAAUUAGAUUGGACGAGCUAAAAUUUCCCUCGCACGUUGCAAAGGGCUUUAUCGCGGCUGUGUUAAUAGUCGGCGAUUGCCAUGCAAUAAUAUCUUUUUGACUCCCAGGUAGAUCAAAGCAACGAACUUUCACAGCAUAUGCAUGGGUUAUACUGUAUCUAUAGAACAGUCUCGUGUACAUCUACAAACUAAGCCCUUGCUGAUUGGCUCUAAGGCAUCUGCCCAGCUUGUUAAAAGAGUUGCGCUCGAUACAAGGCUAAAGUGUACCAAUUGCUGUACGCGCUGUCGGUGUGUUGACACAGCAACCUUUCAUUCUGUGGCCAAUAAUACCAAGUCUGCGAAUGGUCAUCCGAAGGCCUGACAAGUGCAAUAUUGCUUCUAGUAAAUGGCUUCUAGACUCUAGAAUGGGAAUUCAUCGUUUAUUGCAAUUCUCUCUCAAAAAAAAAAGGUUUUUGCAA